AUGUCGAUGAGCUUGAAUAUUUACAAUGAAGAAGAAGAGCAAAGAUAUAUUUCUGAGGAUCAAUUAAACAAUUCAGAUAGAGAUUAUCCUCAAGCAACUGAAUUGUAUUACACAGUCAGCUAAUCCCCUUAAUAGUCAAGGGGUUCAAGCAAAAGAUCACGCACUGGAUAGAGUAAACAGAUUAGAAAAAUGAAAUACAAAAAGAACCUCAGAGCAAAUAUCUAGUAUGAAACUGAAUGGAAAAAUUUUUUAAUAUAAAAGAUCUCUUCGAUGGACGAAGAAAGUCUAUAUAAUAAUCCGUAAAUAGAUUUCUCAUAAAAGGAUUUGAAAAUUCUCAAAAAGAAAAUGAAACGCUUAAACCUACAAUGA